UUCUCAUACGAACACUUUUAUGUGAUUUAUUGCAAGUUUUGGGAAUUAGACAAAGACCACGACCUCUUCAUCAGCAAAACCGAUCUCAGCCGACAUAACGACUCCGCGAUAUCCUCGCGAAUGAUUGACCGCAUAUUUUCCGGAGCUGUCACUCGGGGACAAACCCGAAAGGAUGGCCUCAUGUCUUACUCGGAGUUUGUUUGGUUCAUACUAUCAGAAGAGGACAAACGCCAUCCGCGGUCUAUAGAGUACUGGUUUCGGUGCAUAGACUUGGAUGGAGACGGCGUGCUCUCGAUGUAUGAGUUGGAGUACUUCUAU